GAGUCAGAAGAUGACGAUAUGCAGUUGGUCAUAUGCGAAGGGGAAUGCAUAGAUAGAAGAGAUGCUGAACCAUUACGAGUGCUCCCUCCUAGCCACAACUCUAAAAUUCCAGAUUGGGUUUUCAAGAUAGUGGAGGAGUUGCAAGUUUGGGCUGGGGUGUCCCAUACAGGCUUUGAAGAGCAGUUUAGGGCUCUUAUUAUUGCCAUUGAAGAGAGUAGAUUGAAGUCGGCUGUAAAGAGAGAUAGGGAACUUAAAAGACUACAAUGCUCUAUAAAUUAUGACGUGAAGGAGGGAAGUGGCAGUAGGGAUAGAACGAAAGGGAGGGGGAUGACCAUUGUCCAUGAAACCUAAGAUCCUCUCAUGGAAUGUGCGGGGGCUUAAUGAUAGCAACAAGUGCCUUCGCAUAAAAUCCUUGUUGCGAAUGUGGAAGGUGGAUAUAGUGUGUCUUCAAGAAACAAAGUUAAGGAUCAUUGAUCAAAGACUUAUCCGUAGUUUAUGGGGUUGUUCUUAUGUGGGCUGGUCAUACUUGGCGUCAGAAGGAGCAUCGGAUGGGGUGCUUUUGAUGUGGGAUAAAAGAGUUGUGGAGGAGGUGGAGGAGUGUGUUGGGACUUUUUCGGUGGCUUGUUUAUUCAAAAAUGUAGUAGAUGGGUGGGAAUGGGCAUAUGCAGGCAUUUAUGGGCCAAACCUAGAUAGAGAAAGGAGAAGGCUAUGGGAGGAGUUGGCGAGGGUAUAUUAUCUAUGGGAUGUGCCGUGGUGUAUGGGCAGAGAUUUCAAUAUCACUCGUUUUCCAAGCGAGCGAUCAGGGAAUACUCGCCACACAAUAGCCAUGGAGGAGUUUUCCGAGUUCAUGUUUGAUUUGGAUCCAAUGGAUCUUCCACUUGCUGGGGGUGAGUUCACAUGGUCUAACAGUAGGGAGUGGUCAAGAUUGGAUAGGUUUCUCGUCUCUCCUUCUUGGGAAGCCCAUUAUUCGGAGUUGUAUCAAAAGAGGAUGGCCCGGUAUUGCUCGGAUCAUUUUGCUAUUAUGUUAGAUUGUGGAGGCAUUAAUAGGGGUCGUCAGUAUUUCAAGUUCGAAAAUAUGUGGUUAGCAGUGGAUGGUUUUGUUGAGAAAGUCCGUACCUAGUGGUCUUCUUAUCAGUUCUCGGGUACCCCUAGUUUCAUCCUUGCAGGUAAGCUAAAGGCCUUGAAGCAAGACUUAAGGAGGUGGAACAUGGAAGUUUUUGGCAAUAUUGACAACCAGAAGACUAUCCUUUUGAAGGAGCUUCAGGAAUUGGAGGAACAGUUGUUGUUGGGAAAUGCCUCUGAAGAAGCAUUGUU